AACUAUUGGCGGUGCUUUUUGCAAACUAAUGCGGGUCUCCUUUAUGGCGGGUGACAGUUCAAAUUUUGACGUACAUGGGCAAGCGUGACGCCAAAACUCAAUAAAUAUCUGUUUAGUAUAAGGAAAUAGUUAAGUAUUUUGUGUGAGUACAUUUCUGUGUGUUAUAAUAAUUAAGGAAACAACAUAGUGUCUCAAAAGGGGUUUAGCAGUGAGCAGGAAGAUGGCAAAUGAGGAUUAUAACGAUGAGCGUGGAAAGUUGUUUGUUGGCGGCCUUUCGUGGGAAACGACGCAGGAAAAUUUACAAAAUUACUUCACGCGCUUCGGCGAGGUUGUGGACUGUGUGGUGAUGAAGAACAAUGAGACCGGGCGAUCGCGUGGAUUUGGCUUUGUGACCUUCGCGGACCCAGCCAAUGUUGACAUUGCACUCCAGAAUGGACCGCAUGAGCUCGAUGGGCGCACAAUAGACCCCAAGCCAUGCAAUCCGCGCUACAUGUCGAAGCCGCAGAAGGGCGGUGGAUACCCCAAAGUUUUCCUGGGUGGUCUUCCAGCAAAUGCCACUGAGACAGAUCUGCGUACAUUCUUUGGACGCUACGGGAAGGUGAUGGAGGUGGUGAUUAUGUAUGAUCAGGAGCGCAAGAAAAGCCGCGGCUUUGGUUUUCUCUCCUUCGAGGAUGAGGCGUCUGUGGAGCGCGUGACACAGAAGCACUAUGUCAACCUCAAUGGUAAACAGGUAGAGGUUAAGAAAGCCGAGCCGCGGGACGGUGGCUUUGGAGGACGCGGUGAGCGUGGUGGACCACGCCACAUGGGCCCCACAAAUGGCCAAAUGGGUGGUGGGCAUCCCAUGUCCCAUCCCGGUGGUAUACAGUAUCAACAACAAGGCUGGGGUGGACCACCGCAGCAACAAAACUACGGCGGCUAUAACUAUGGUGCCCCAUCGGGACCACAGUCGUAUCAGGGUUGGGGUGCUCCACCACCACCACAGGGUCCACCCCAACAACAACAAUGGGGUGCCAAUUACUCAGCUGGACCGACGCCGAAUCAACCAUACGGUGGUGGCUAUUCCGGCGGGUAUGACAUGUAUGCCCAAACAGGGGCUCACAAUGCUAAUUCCGGAAGCAGUUGGAACUACAACUCCUGGCCACAGGGUGGCUCUGCACCCACACCACCAGAUCCCACCGGUGGACAAGCAGUUGACUACACGGGCUACGGUACAGGUGGCGGUGGAGGUGGUGGUGGCUACAAUGCCUUUGGGAACUACGGUACGGAUCAGAGCUCCUCAUACGGACCCAUCCGCACCACUUACGACACGAAAAAGCAGGGCAUCGCACAAACUCCCUACCAGCCACCCCAUCUGCGGGCUCCCAAAUACAAUGCUUAAGACAUCCUGCGCACUUUUGCAUCCCCCCUCCAACUCCGGCCUCUCCAUGAUUUGUAAUCCUGUACAUUGAGAUGCCCCCAUUUGCACCCACAUCCUGGAACAAUCCCCGCGCGACUUUGCAUCGCAUGGACACCCCCCCACUCCCCCUCCCCGCCCCCACAUAAGGAACAACAAAGAGAUGUCUAAUGAAUAUUAUCUAAUAAGUAAAUUUUCAGAGAAGAAAACAAGGUUAAAUAUUGAUUAUAAAUAUUGAAUGAGCAGAAAAGGUUAAAAAAAAGAGUAAGAGUAAAAAAAAAGGAAACAAGGUAAAGAGAAAAAACUUCAAAAAUUUAUAAUUUUAUCAAAAGAAAAAAAAUUGUAUUAAAAUUAUAAUAAAUAUAAUCAGUAAGAUGGUC